AGCGCAAGCACAAACUAUCGACUAUCGACCAUCUGGAAAGUCGGCGGCGUCACAUAUUUUUGAUUGACCAAAUAUAUUUAAAUACAAUUCGCGCAAAAUGGCCGCCCAGGUAACUCAGGUGCAGCAGUUCUUGAACGGCUACAAGGAUGACGUGAGCCGAUCGCUGCGCGACGCUUCCAAGCCGUGGACCAAAGUCUUCGAUACCGUGGAGGAGAAGACCGGCGUGGACCGGGUCAAUAUUUUCGUGGGUGCUGUUGGUCUGUGCGCCAUCUACCUGAUCUUUGGCUGGGGCGCCCAACUACUGUGCAACAUCAUUGGGGUUCUGUACCCUGCAUAUAUUUCCAUCCAUGCCAUCGAGUCCAGCACAAAGCAGGACGACACCAAGUGGCUGAUCUACUGGGUCACGUUUGGCAUCUUCACCGUGAUUGAAUUCUUUUCGAGUCUGCUAACAUCGGUGAUUCCCUUUUACUGGCUGCUGAAGUGUGCUUUCCUCAUCUGGUGCAUGCUGCCCACGGAACAGAAUGGUUCUACCAUCAUCUACCGCAAGCUGGUGCGUCCCUACUUCCUGAAACAUCACGAAUCCGUUGACAGGAUCAUCGAUGAUGGCAUGAAGAAGGCCGCUGGAGUGCUGAAGCACGACUAGAAGGCGAAUGUGCCGUAGCUCCGACCGCUUCUCGCUUAUCCAUGCAUUUGGUUUUGGGCCUGGUCACCAACCUCACCUCGUAUUGGUUACGUUUUGCAAUAAAUUUUAAUUCUGUA